AUGAAAGCGCGACUUUGCGUCGUCUCGGCCCUCUAUCGCCGUGGUUUCCAGGUGCUCGAUCUGGGGGGGCGACUGGUGCUCGGCAGCGGUCGCGAAACUGUGGCAGUGACGCGCAGAAACCUGACGCUCCGGAACGCGUACGUCCGCGGGGCGCGGCUGAUGGUGCGCGAGGCGGGCUCGGGUCUGCGACUGGAGAACGUUGUCUUCGAAGGCCCCUGCGACGUGACGGACAGCGAAGGCGGGCUCGUCGGCGUCGUGCAGGUCCACGCGGCCAGGGACGUGCGCGUUCGGAAGUGCAGGCUCAGCGGCGGUGGAACGGCAUGCUGCGGGCUGUACGUCGCGGACGGGGCGCAGGUGCUGGUCGCAGAGAGCGAGUGCCGCGACAACCGCGCGUGGGGGGUGUUCGCGACCGGCGCGGGCACGAAGGUCGCGCUGUUGGACUCCAACCUCGACUCCAACGCGACCGGAGCGUCCACCGUCCGGCACGGUGCCAGGGUCGCGUGGGAGAAGGGAGGCGCCGCGACCACGACGCUGACGGGCGCAGGAUCGCAGGUGUACCUCGCGUGCGCCUCCUGA